AUGCCAACUGUAAAAACAAGAUUACCCCAGGCGAGUAGAAAUAAAAAUUCGGAAUCUCGCAUUGAUGUUAAAUCAGUCUGUCCCACGGAUUCUGGGGGGGACAAACAUUUGGCGAAGAGAAAGACAAACUCUACGAUGUAUGUUGCCACAUACAAUGCACGAUCGCUGUUGUCAGAAGAACGAUUGACAGAACUCGAAUAUGAACUCGAUCACAUCAAGUGGGAUGUGGUUGGCCUCUGCGAAAUCAGAAGGCGUGGCGAACACUUAGUUAACUUGAAAUCCGGACACAGCUUCUACUUCGUGGGAGACGAGAAUAGCUCUUUUGGUGGAACCAGCUUUCUAAUACACAAACGACAUAGACAAAACAUCGUGUCUCUCAAGAAAAUCUCAAACAGGGUUGUAUAUCUGGUUCUCAGGCUCAGCACCAGAUAUGAAAUCAAGAUCAUUCAGGUCUACGCACCGACGACCGAUCAUCCCGAUGAAGAGGUGGAUAUAUUCUAUGACGAUGUGGAUUUUGCUCUUAAAGACGAACGAACACACUUUACUAUUUUGCGCGGAGACUUUAAUGCCAAAAUGGGAACAAAGUCCUAUCCUACGGAGACUUCACUGGGGGGUUUCGGUCUGGGGGACAGAAAUGAGCGUGGGGAAACACUGCUCGGUUUCUUACUGCAAAACAACUUGUUUCAAAUGAAUAGUUUCUUUCAAAAAAGGUCUGCUAGAAAAUGGACAUGGAAAAGCCCGGACGGGCGAACUAAGAAUGAAAUAGACUUCAUCAUUACCGAUAAAAGGCAUAUAGUUAAAGACCUGACGGUGUUGAAUAAACUAACCACAAGAAGCGACCAUCGACUAGUGCGAGCCAGAAUUGAACUUAACACAGGAAAAGAACGCCUUAAAAUGAUUAAAAAGGCUGGUAGUAGAUCAUGGACAAAGCCGGCAGAUUUAGAAGGUUUCCAGCGCUGUAUCACAGAACAGCUACAGGAUUACACGCAGGAGAACAGUAUUGACGGUUUAAACGAAAACAUCACAAAUGCGUUGUUAGAGAGUCAAAACAGGUACUGCCCCAAGACACAAAGAGAAGAAAAACUCAGUAAAUUUACCAAGAGACUUAUGGAUAAAAGACGGGCCACGAGAAGUGAACAGCUGACUACUGUCGACGAAUUAAGAGAUAUAAACAAACAGAUAUCAAAGGCCAUUAGAAAAUAA